ACAUGCUGCUGCUCAUUAACAUGGCUGCUUGCUUAGAGAGCAUCUAUGAUCCCAAUUUUAUGAAAAACGAUGUCUAUUACGGAUACGACAAGAAAGGGCUCCUGACGAACUACGACAAGGAUAGUGUCAGAGAGUAUGAAAAGGAAGACUGGGACAAGGACUUUGAAAACGGUUUUAAAGAUAGCAAGGAAUAUGAUGAUAUGAAGGAAAAUGUCGACUACGACGACUUCAAAGAAUACGAUGGAUACAGCGAAUACAAGGAUACAUUCAACAACCCAUAUACUACCCCGUUGGCAUACAAGCUAUCCCCCCUCACCAAGAACAUCCGCUAUAACCAACUCGCAACGUAUCCACUUCAGCAGAGCUUCUCUCGUAGUAUCCUGUUUGCGACGAAGAACUCGCUUCCGAAGAUUCUCUCGAGGGAGUUCAACGAUAUAAGCAAGGACUUGAACAAAAAGUUGACAAACUCGAUUUACAACGUGCGUAACACGAACAUCGACCAUGACAAGUUUAGAGAAUUGAUCGUUAUAAAGAAGCGUGUGGUGAGCGAUGGGAAACACAAGGUUGUUAAUCUUGAUGUAAGUGGACGAGUAGUGCCUAGAAACGGAAAGGAAGAUAAGUUGAGAAUGAUUUUGGCUGGAAUAGUGUUCCUGUUAGCAGGUGUUAUCUUUACAGGAAGUAUAAAAUUCUAUCAGAACUAUUUAAAGAUUAAGAAAGUUGAUUCAUUGGGAAAAUACUGAGAAAUUAAACGUGGCUUAUGAUGUGAAUUUUUUUGAUAUGAAAUAGGGUCAUACAAGCGUGGGCACUCCACUACGUAACGUUGCUCAUAAAUUUAAGAACAGCAUUUGAA